GCAUUACGUAUAAUAGGAUGAUAUCCGUUACGAAAAUGGCAAAGAUCUGUUUAUAGUCACACGGUGAAUAACACAAUGAGAUGGUUAUGAUGACAACUCCAAUUUGGGAAUAAAGCUGUGUUUCUGUAGCUCUGUAUCCAUUAUGUGAGAGAGAAUGAAGAGUCUCCAGGUAGUUUUGGUGGCAGGAUAUAUCUUCUCUCUACUGCAGAUUGGAACUUGUCAAUGUGAUGUUGUGAGGAUAGCUGCAGCAGUACAUGAGACACUGAGUCCAUUCAUGACUGAUAUGAGGGAGAGUCUUGCUGCUGUUAAGACUGAAAUGAGGGAGAGUCUUGCUGCUGUUAAGACUGAAAUGAGGGAGAGUCUUGCUGCUGUUAAGACUGAAAUGAAGGAAGAUCUUAGCAGAAUUGAAACUAAAGUAGAUUCUCUGAGUGGAGAUAUUGAAGAACACAAGAACAAGACUGCUGAACUCAGUAUGACAGUGACAACUGUGCACUCUGAACUGGAGCACAAUGUACUGACCAAUGUUACAAAGGAACUGAAGAAGACUGCUGACUAUAUUAUACUUGGCACAGGAGGUUGGAGACGUGUUGUCUACCUGAACAUGACAGACCCCAACACCAACUGCCCCUCUGGCUGGCGGCUCACUAGUCACUCCAAAAUAACAUGUGGUAGAGUUAGUACUAGUGAUCUCUCCUGUGACUCAGUCUUCUUCCCUGUCAGUGGAGGAGACUACACUAGUGUGUGUGGCUCUAUCAGAGCCUACCAGGUUGGUGUAACAGAUGCAUUUGAGGCCUACCAUCUUGGAGCGGUAACCACAAUAGAAGGACCCUACGUUUCUGGUGUCAGUCUCACACAUGGCAGUCCACGACAACACAUCUGGACAUUUGCUGCUGGUUUGUCUGAGGCCUACCCUACUCGGAAUGAUGCAUGUCCUUGUGAUGCUAGCAUCAACAUUACCAUCCCACCAUUUGUGGGUGCAGACUAUUUCUGUGAAUCAGGAGUCAACUCAGGUUUCAUCAGUGGCUUCCAUCCAGAUGAUCCUCUCUGGGAUGGUGAAGGCUGUGGUAGCAGCAGUAGCUGUUGCUCAUUCAACAGUCCUCCAUACUUCACUAAGACACUCCCCAGCCCCACCUCUGACCCUAUAGAGGUCAGACUGUGUCGAUACAGUGGUCUUAGUGAUGAUACUCCAGUUGAGUUCAUGGAACUCUAUGUCAAGUAGUACACUCAACAUCACGCUGAGUUUAUGAGUAGAGAACUCUAAUUGUGUUAACUUGGAGUAGACUUUUAGUAGUGUUCACAUUGCUGUCCAACAAAACAAGGAGGUUCUAGUAGAAUGCUAGCAGACUAUAGUCCAUUUACUUUUGAGAAUGCAUGUUGAUUUUCUUUAAUAACUU